AUGAAAUCGAAAGAGGAGAAGUCUCAAGAACAUUCGCCAGACUCCCACGAUGAGGUCCAACGAGUCGAGAAGGCGAGACAGAGCAACCCCAGCGACCAACACUCCGGGUUAAUCAACUCCUUCACCAAGUUGGGCGACCUUCCAGAAUGGACCUGGGGCGGCAGCAAACUCAGCGGCAAGGCUCUGAACCGAGCCAUCUCGUGGGUAGCUUCGUGUGGCUUCUUGAUGUUUGGCUACGAUCAAGGCGUUCUUUCCGCUCUUCUGACACUCGAUGACUUCCAGAAAGUCCUGCCACUGAUGACACCACGUUCACGGGCGAAUAAUCUCUGUUGGCUCGACGCCCCUGAGAACAACAUUCCUGACCCUUCCAUGUGCACUGGCGAUUCCAAUACUCAGGCUGCUGCUGUGGCUAUCUACCAGGUCGGGUGCUUCCUUGGAGCAGUCCUCAUUCUCUUCUACGGGGAGAAGUGGGGAAGGAAGUCGUCGACUUUCUAUGGGUCGAUUAUCAUGAUCAUUGGGACGAUCAUGCAAGCUGCUGCGUUCGACUAUGGCUUGUUCGUUGCUGGGCGAGUCGUUGGAGGUAUUGGUAAUGGCAUGGUGACUUCAACAAUCCCUACCUGGCAGUCUGAAUGCACAAAGCCUGAGAAACGAGGCCGAGCAAUCAUCACUUCUGGAGCAUUCAUUACGUUCGGCAUCAUGAUAGCCUACUGGAUCGACUAUGCCUUCUACUUCAUCCCGGCUCUGGAAAGCUACAGCUCCGUCCGCUGGCGUUUCCCUAUUAUGUUCCAGUCAUUUUUCACCCUGCUAGUCAUGUGGAGAUUGCUAUACCUGCCGGACUCACCUCGUUGGCUUGCCAUGCGAGGACGAUACGACGAAGCUAAGGCAGUCCUUGCCCGCCUUGACGGAGCCGACAUCAACUCCGAAGCCGUCAAUGUGGAGAUGACCAACAUCAAAGAGGCCCUCGAGGUGCAAAGCGCCGGUGGAGGCUUCAAGAUGAAGGAGUUGCUCCAGAAUGGUCCUAGCCAAAACUUCCGCCGGACGUUGCUGGGAGUCAUGGCGCAGUUCUUCCAGCAGAUUUGUGGGAUCAAUCUUAUCACUUACUACGCGACCUACGUCUUUGAGAAUUCUCUAGGGUUUGACGCUGGCAUGUCCCGUCUCCUGGCAGCUUGCAACGGCACGGAAUACUUCCUCGCCAGCCUGAUCGCAAUCCCCAUCAUCGAGCGAGUCGGCCGUCGGAAGUUGAUGCUCUUCGGCGCCUUUGGCAUGAUGGCCUCCAUGGCGAUCCUCUCAGGGACAUCUUCUACCGCGACGAUCAACGAGUUCAACGCCCCUGUGCUAGACACGAGCUACGGCGUCAUCGCUACAGUCUUCCUCUUCGGCUUCAACACGUUCUUCGCCAUUGGCUGGCUCGGCAUGACCUGGCUCUACCCAGCAGAAAUCACCAACCUCCGCAUCCGCAUCCAAGCCAACGCCCUCUCAACCUGCUCCAACUGGCUCUCCAACUUCCUCAUCGUCAUGAUCACCCCACCCGCCUUCGAUAACCUCCGCUACAACACGUACACCAUGUUCGCCGUCUUCUGCGCGGCCAUCAUCCCUUCCGUGUGGAUCUUCUUCCCGGAGCCGAAAGGUCGGUCGCUGGAGGAGCUGGAUGUGGUUUUUGCGAGUGCGUGGGAGAAAGGGGUUAGUCCUGUGAGGCAGGCGAGGGAGAUGUCGAAGCUGGAGGGGAGUGAGUUGGAUGCGGAGAUUGUGAGGUUUUUUGGGGGUGAUGUGGAGCAGGCGAUGAGGAGGAACGGUGCCAGAACCUCCGCCCUUUAG